AUCCUCGUGGAAGAAAAAUGGCGACCGUCAUUGCUGAGUUACUUUUGUGUAAAUUGUGUCGCCAUUCUAUAACGACUCCUUUUAACUAGAUAGUUAAUGAUCAAUGUAGCGAUAAACUUUACUGUUUGAAAAGAUCCACUCUAUCAUGAAGUUUACAAUUUGUGCGAUGCGUUUCAAUAAAUUGUGAUAAGUUUCGGAGCAAGCUGAUAAACUUUGCUGAGGUGCGCUCUUUGAAGAACAACCUACAUAUCGAAGGAUUUCUGGAAAUCAAGAUGCAAAUCAAAAGCGUGGAAGCCUUGAAGUCCUGGUUGACAACCCGUUUGGAAUCAGUUUGUGAUGCUGACCCAGCAGCUCUGGCCAAGUAUGUUGUUGCAUUGGUGAAAAAGGACAAGCCUGUGGAGGAACUCAAAGAUAUUUGUGUGGACCAGUUAGAAGUUUUUCUCUCCUCUGAAACUGCCAACUUUGUGAAUGUGCUAUUUGAAGCGCUGACCAAUUUUUCGUACAUGCCUCAACCAAUUGUGGAGCCAACUCCAGGAAUUGCUGUUCCCACCACACCCAAAGUAAUUCCCAUACAGCCAACUCCUAAUUCUACCACGCCACCAGAAAAACCAAGGAAAUCUUCCAUAUCAGAGGAUGUUUUAACACCAAGGGUGCUAGCAGAGUCUUCCGUGCUCGAUGAUGACGACAGAGAUUUCAAAAGAACAAGAAGAGCAACUGACUCCAGUGAGAGAAGCACAAGUGGACCCAGCUCUAUUGUGUCAAGCAGUGGGGAUCGAUCUCGCAAACGAAGGGCCGAUGAUGAUGUUCGAGGCAGAGGUGACUUCUCAAAGUUUCCAAAAGAGGAAGCUGUUGGGAUGAGGAGGGCUGAUUCUGAACCUAGAGACAAUGACAAUGCUACUUACCCUAUUCCUAGUGCGAUGCUGCGAGACAGAGGUACUAACAAGUACAUGGACAACCAGGACAGGCGGUCUGGUGGAAUGAACUCUCAUGAUGACUCGAGGGGAAGGCGUGGAAGUCCAUCGUGGGAUCGUCGAGGUGGGAGGAUGGGAAGAGGAAGGCCUUUUCGUGAUAGAUACAGAGAUGACAGGCUACGACACGGUGGACGAGAUGAACGUGAGAGGGGUGGAGCUAGAAAGUCUCGUUGCCAAGAUUAUGACGAAAAAGGAUUCUGUAUGCGUGGAGAGCUGUGUCCGUUUGAUCAUGGAAAUGACCCAGUUGUUGUCCAAGAUGUCCUCCCUCCAGGGAUGUUAGCCUUUCCAGGUGGCCAACCUAUACCUGGAACAACAUUACCAGGCAGUGCUGUUCCAAUACCUGGAAAUUAUCCACCUCCUCCAUCCUCCCAGCCCCCUCCUCCCGGUACCGUGGGGACAUUACCUAACGAUGCUCCAAAAUCUGAGGCAAACCAGGAAAGUCCUGAUACCACUGUACCUGUGAGUGGUCCUCGACCCCCAGCACCAUCUAGAAUGGUUCCUCAGCACAGCCAGGCCCCUGUUAUGCCACUACCCACUGUCCAUAUGAUACAGCGACCAAUGUUAGGAGGGCAGGUGCCUCGUCCUCCCUUUGCUAAUCCAUUUGAAGAUUCCUAUAAUCCAGAACAGCCUCAGUUUGAUAGGGCUCCUGUAUGGAUGAGACUUGGCAAUGGUCGUCCACCCCACCCCAUUCCACGGCCCCCUCAAGGAGUGUUCCAUCCUGUCAUGGGUAUGAGGUCAAGAGAGCUAUUGCCUGUCACGCCAAAUCCACCUCAGCUUACUGUACAAGUUCCUGGUAUGGCUGCUCCAGGACCCAGAAUGCCACCCAUACCAGACAGAAUAGUCAUCCACUCAGAUCCGCAGAAAAGUGCUCCUGUUCCACCUCAAAAACAACCGCCACCUCCACCGCCACCCUCAGCUUUACCCCAGCAGGGUGUAACACCGGCUCCUGGCCCUACAGAUCAGACUGCUCCAGUCAAGAGUCGAUUAGGAUUUCCAAGGAAACUCAGUGAUACACUAGAGUUGAAAAAGAUUCCGCGUGACAUGAACAAUAUUGCAAAAUUAAAUGAGCAUUUUCAGAGAUUUGGUACCAUCACAAACAUUCAGGUGUGUGCUUUUGGAGAUCCUGAAGCAGCACUGGUUCAGUUUUCACAUCACCAAGAAGCUAAGGCGGCGCACUCAUGUCCUGAUGCUGUGCUUGGUAACCGGUUCAUUAGGGUGUUUUGGCACAAUCCCGACAGGCAUCAAAACAAUAAAGAUGGGAAUUCAAAUCAAGGUACAACAGCAGGCAGUAACUCAGGAUCACACACACCUGGUGAACCAACACAAGAGAAUUCCAACAAGCCUGCUGAACCAAAGGCCAAACCAACCAUGUUCCAAAGUGGAAAAACAACUUUCUCAAAAACUGCAAAAGCUCCUGCUAUUCACAUACCAACAAACCCAGCACUGACUAAGAGACAACAAGAACUUCACAAACAGGAAGCAAUGAGAAAGAAGCUUGAGAUUCAGAAACAGAAACAAGAACUACUCAACAAACAAAUUCAAGAACAAAAGCUUUUAAUUUCUAAACUUGAAAAGAAGAAUUUAGGUACUGCAGAGAAAGAGUUGAUAGUAAAGACUAUAAAAUCGUUAAGUUCAAAUAUUGAGGCACUAAAGAAAGAGGUUGAGUUGGCAGCAAUGGCAGCAAAAUCCAAGGAAAGCCCUUCUCAGGCUAGACAGAUUGCCCAGAAAGCAAUACUCGAUCAAGAACUGGAUUUGAUUACACAUCAAAACACUGGGGAAGACACUACGGAACUGAAGAAAAAAGUUGAAGAACUCAAACAAGAGGCUAAAUCUCUGGGGUUAUUAGACCCACCAACAAAAGGGCGGGGCAGAGGUGUUGUAAGAGGACGAGGCAGAGGCACACCUCUAAGAAGCAGGCCUCUUCCAAGAAUGGCACGGGUUUGGACAAGAGAAAGUGCCUCGCUGGAUCACAGACCAAAACAGAUUACUGUGAGUGACAUCACACCAGAACAGAAGGAAGACAUGGCAGAGCAUUUUAAAGAAUUUGGAAUUGUUGACAAUGAAGAGUACAUUGAGGAAAAGAACACCCUUAACCUGACUUUUAGGACAAGAAAAGAAGCAGAAAUUGCCUACAAUAAAGGCAAAACAUUUAAAGGAAGGGCUCUGAAGAUUUCUUGGUACAGGACUCCAGCCUCUCCUUCUGGAGCCAUGCCUACCACUCCCACCACUCCAACGGUACUCAAGAAAGUUGAGGAGGAGCUUGGACUGGAUGUAGAUGAAUUGGGAAAACAUGAAUUUGACCCAGAGACAGAAGAGGCAUUGCUUCUCGGAGAAGACUUUGAUGAAGAAGAGGAAGAAGAUGAACGAUCAUGGAAAAGAUAGUCAUGGACACCUCCUAAGAGAAACAAGUCAAGACUAUAAUAAUAUUUGAGUUAUUGUAAAACAACCAUUGAUCUUUACCCUGUCAUAUUUUGCAGAAUAAUUAUUUGUGAGCCAAGCUUUCUGCCACAUACUGUAAUAAUAUCUGCAAUGUCAUGCAUGAUUGUGUUAAGGAAGCGAUCUGUCUUUAGAUUUUUACUGUCUGUAACAGUUUAUUAUAAUAUCAACUGUUUUCAUUUUAUUGUAUGUUAUGAUGAGUAGUUGUACAGCUAUGAAGUCUUAUGCAUAAAAGAAAAAAGUGAAUCCAAGGGAUUCUUGAAAAAAGAUGAUAUCCCAGAGGGAAAAAAGUGAAAAGAAGAGGUGAAAAGAAAAGAAAAAAAGAAUACAAAUGACUUCAGAUUGACAAGAAAAAAAUGUUUUUACACUUGAAAAUUAAAACAUACACAAAACAAAACAUGUCACAAAAGUCAAUGAUCAACAAGAGUUAUCGGCCACUCUUUGUGGUCACACAUUUGUGCACUGAUCACCUUCCUGGAGGACAGAGGACAAGCCACAAGCCACAGAAGCAAGCAGGUUCUGAAUGGUCUGCAUCACAGAGAACUAGAAAUGCUGCCAUUGCCUGAAGAAUCAUACGCUCUCUCAGGUCUGGCCCCUGAGCAUUCUUGUCUUCAGUGGAGGGGUGUAGGCUCCUUUCCCCAACAGCAGCCAGUAGUUGGGCCUAGAAAGAUCAUUUAUCAAGAGGACACUCGAAUACACCUGUAUAUGCAAGGUCAGUGUAUGAAUAUCUUGAUAUUAUUUUGCUUUUUUGGAAAAUCUUGAGGUUGUACAGAUAAUACAUAUUAGCACCUUGUGAAUGAGUGCCUGACCAUGUUCACGCUGUGUGCCACACCAUUUUCACUAAAAAUGGGUGCCUAGUAAAACCUUCACAUGCCAUAAGCUUUUUCACAUAAACUAUGGACAUGUGCACAUUUUUUUUGUAAGUGUCUCUUCAAUGCAGUUAAUUUCACUGAGUUGACGUAAUUUUAUAUCCAUAUGACAUCACAGAAUUGGGAAAUUAAAAGUCUGUUGAAAAACCUACAAAUCUCAGGUGCCAAUGAAAGUUGUUUCCGCUGUGCUAGGAGUUUUGACUAGAUCUCUUCAAAUUUUGACAUACUCAGUACAUCAUACAGGCACCUCAGGGACAAAAUUCAUGACAUACCGAGUACGUCAUAUAAUUAUUCAUUCAGGGGGUUAAUAAAUGAGACAAUCACAAGUGGAGACCAAAUGUUAUUUUUAUUUCACAACACAAGUUUAGAGACAAAACUGUUUAGAAUAAGAAAUUUCAAAAGAACCUAGGAUUGUGCCUACAUAAUUAUACUUGUUUACAGCACUAUGUGUAGUUAGUGGUUACACUUAAGUUAUUUAAGGGAGCAAAAAAAAA